AUGACCAAAAACUACGACCGCGAGGCGCUGCUCUACCAUUCGCGCGAGCGCCGAGGAAAGAUCCAGGUAGUGCCCACCAAGCCUACCUUGACCCAGGACGAUCUCUCACUAGCCUACACCCCGGGGGUGGCCGCGCCGUGUCGCGAGAUCCACCGCGAUCCGUUGCUGGCCUACGACUACACCGCCAAGGGUAACUUGGUGGCGGUGAUAUCGAACGGCACCGCAGUGCUCGGGCUGGGCAACAUCGGCGCGCUGGCCGGCAAGCCGGUGAUGGAAGGCAAGGCGGUGCUGUUCAAGCGCUUUGCCGAUAUCGAUGUGUUCGAUCUCAGGGUCGCGACCGAAGACGUCGACGAGCUGGUGCGCACGGUCAAGCUGCUCGAGCCCACCUUUGGCAUCAACCUCGAAGACAUCCGCUCUCAGUGUUUCGAAGUCGAUGCGCGGCUCAAGGAAGAGCUGUCGAUCCCGGUCUUCCACGACGACCAGCACGGUACGGCAAUCAUCUCGGCGGCGGCGCUGGUCAAUGCCCUGGAAUUGGCCGGCAAGCAACCCGGCGAAGUGCGGAUGGUGAUUUCCGGCGCCGGCGCAGCAGCGAUCGCUUGCAUGAAGCUCUACGUGCAACUCGGCGUCGAGCAGCACAACAUCGUGUUGUGCGAUAGCAAGGGACCGGUCUACACCGGUCGCACCGAGGGCAUGAGCUCGCUCAAAGCGGCCUAUGCGGUCGACACCGAAGCCCGUUCGCUGGCCGAGGCUAUGGUCGGCGCCGACGUCUUGAUUGGCUUGUCGGUCGGCGGUCUGGUCCAACCCGAGAUGCUCGAACCGAUGGCCGAGAAUCCGAUCGUCUUCGCCAUGGCCAAUCCGGAUCCUGAGAUCGGCUACGAAGAUGCCAAGGCCGCUCGUCCGGACAUCAUCAUGGCCACUGGCCGGUCGGACUUUCCCAAUCAGGUCAACAACGUGCUCGGCUUUCCGUUCAUCUUUCGUGGGGCACUCGACGUACGAGCUACCGACAUCAACGAAGAGAUGAAGAUGGCCGCCGUGCAGGCGCUGGCUGGGUUGGCGCGCGAGGAUGUGCCCCGAGCGGUGCUCAAGGCCUACGACUUGAAGUCUCUGUCCUUCGGUCCCGAAUAUUUGAUCCCCAAGCCCUUUGACCACCGGGUGCUGCUCAGCGUGGCCCCGGCGGUGGCCCAAGCGGCGAUGGACAGCGGAGUGGCGCGGCGGCCGAUCGACGACUUCCGCGACUACCGGCGGCAGCUCGAGCGGCUGAUUUCGCGUCGCUUAGAGCUGAUGCAUGGGGUCUUCGACCGAGCUCGCCGCGAUCCCAAACGGGUGGUAUUUCCCGAGGGUGAGCACCUCAAGAUCCUGCGCGCCGCCAAAGUGCUGGUCGAUCGUGGCAUAGCUCAUCCAGUGCUGCUGGCCCGACGAGAGAAGAUCGAGCCGAUGCUGAAGCAGCUCGAUCUGUCGAUCGAUCAACUGACCGUGAUUCACGUCGCCGACCCGCCGGGGGACAUGUACGACCGCUAUGUCGAAGCUCACUUGCGAGCCCGGCGACGCCACGGCGGAUCAUCGGUACCGAGCCCGGGGUCAAGCGGGUCUCCGGUGCCUACAUUCUGGUUUUCCGCGAGCGCUUGUUCUUCUUGGCCGGACACCACCGUCAACAUCGAGCCAUCGGCCGAGGAACUGGCAGAAAUCGCUUUGCUCACCGCCCGUUUCGCCCGGCGCUUCGGUAUCGAGCCACGGGUUGCCAUGCUGUCGUUCUCCAACUUCGGCUCCAACGCUCACCCGGUGGCGGCGCGGGUUCGUCGGGCUACCGAGCUGGCGGUGGCGCGGGAUCCCAAGCUGAUGAUCGAUGGCGAGAUGCAGGCCGACACCGCGGUGCUCGAAUCGGUGCUCGACGAGGAAUACCCAUGGAGCCGCUUGAAAGAGCCCGCCAACGUGCUGAUCUUCCCCGAGCUGCAGUCGGCCAACAUCGCCUACAACUGCUCUGGCGGUUAG